UAUGACGUCAGCUAACGGCCAUCCUCUCUGUGCCGAAUGGAGUGUUUUAUUUUCUCUCGGCUAUCAGUCAAAUUGUAUCGUAUAUGAGUAAUUAUUAGACUUAAAAGGACAGUGUCAGUGCGGAAGGAUAGUUCUUAACGCAAGAGUGACGCGUUUAAGGAGUUCCGACCGGCAAGAAUAUUCUCAAAUGGAUACGCCUGAAAGCCCUACCCGGUCACUGCAAUCUCCGGUGGAGGAAAAGGACCUUUUUGAUAAUGAGCUAUUGGAUUUUCCUGAUGACGAGGAGGAUAGGGUUAUCUCAGAUAGUGAACUACUCUAUGAAGCGAAUGGUGAACUGGCAGAGGAGGAUGAAGAGGAUGAUAGGGUCGAAAUCGGAGGAGAUCUGGCAUUACAGGCGGUAGCAGGAGAAGAGGAUGAGGUUGUACCUGACUUUGUUUCUGACCCAGAGGAUGAGGAACCUGAAGAAGAAACUGGUGGACUGGGACAAGUGAAUGAGGCUAUUUUGAUAAUGGAAGGGGAUGAUGAUGAUGGUGAUGGACAACUGGGGAGUGAAUUGGAUGGAGAGGAUGGGUUGGAAGAUGUAGAUGAUCAAGUACUUGACACGCCAGAGUCCCCUGAAGUAGACCCAGAACAAGACAAGAACUUUGUCGCUAAAGAAAAUAAUGAUUUGUUUGUUGCCUUUGGUGACUACAGAAGGGAGACAGCAGAAUUUGGUGCCGCUGCUGAGGAGGAGGCAGAGGGAGUCAAAAGCAUUACAGAGGAAGAGGAAAAGGAUGUUUUGCGCACUCGAGAGGGAAGAGCUGCUUUGUCAAGAGACAUUAAGGAGGACUUGCCGUCUGUUUCCAGGGAGCUCGAUGAACACGAGCUGGAUUAUGAUGAGGAGGUCCCAGAGGAGCCCAACAUCCCCACACACGAGGAUGAGGAGGAAGAGGAUGCAAAAGCACUGGAAGAGGAGGUGAGCGAAGACAUGACUGUAAAGAAUAAAGAGAAGAAACCAAUCCUACCCCCAUCCCCGAAAGAUGGGGAAUCCAGAAAAACAGAGGAGUCCAAAGUCCGCAGAGAUUCCUUCAGAGACAGGAGGAAAGAAGAGGAUGAUGGAGAGAUUGAUGAAGGAGAGAUUGAUGAUGAUGAUUUGGAGGAGGGCGAGGUAAAAGAUCCCUCAGAUCGAAAGAUUAGACCACGUCCUAUAUGCAGGUUCUUCAUCAAAGGAAAUUGUACUUGGGGUAUGAAUUGCCGGUUCAUCCACCCAGGUGUCAAUGACAAAGGGAACUAUUCCCUCAUCACUAAGCCAGACCUCUUCUCACCCAAUGGAGCACAGCCUGGAGGACCCAUCCCGCUUAUACCCAACAACUCCUGGGCUGCCCCUGCAGUCGAGGAGCUCCCUCCUCCUCCACCCCCUGUUGAGCCCCCUGUUGAAAGUGCGUGGGAGCGGGGCCUCAGGCAUGCCAAAGAGAUGUUGAAGAAGGCCACCAUCCGAAAGGAACAGGAGCCAGACUUCGAGGAGAAGCGUUUCAAUGUGACGAUUGGAGAAGAUGAGAGAGAAUUUGACAAGGAAAACGAAUUCUUCAGGGACCGUAGCUACCGCAUUAUCAGAGAAGAAAUGGAUAUCAGAGAGCCAAUAUAUGGUGAUCAAUAUGCUGAUCCAUACUACGACUAUGAAAUGGAGGCCCUAUGGCGAGGUGGGCAGUAUGAAAACUUCAGAGUGCAGUAUACGGAAGCUCCUCUUCCUUACCAUUAUAAUGAACGUGAAAGGGAACGGGACCCUCGGGAGAGGCACAGAGAUCGAGAGCGCGAGCGAGAUCACCGCGAGCGGGAGCGCAGGCAGAGGGAGCGAGAGCGGGAGAGAGAACGGGAGAAGGAGCGUUUAAGGCGGAAAGAGGAGUGGGAGAGGGACAGGAUAAAGCGGGAUGAGAAGGAGAGGCCGAAGAUUCGUCCUCCACGAGACAUCCGAGAAAAGAAAGAUGAUAAACUCAAACCAGAGUCACCUUUAACUCUACCACCCAACCGACCAAUGGAUCAUCCCAUGAAGAAAGAGCUUGUUCCACUAAUGCGACAACCAGAUGAGUGGAAGGAUCCUUGGCGUCGGUCAAAAUCCCCAAGGAGAAGAUCCGGACUGGGCUCACCACCUCGAGGUCGUCGGCGAAAUCAUCGUUCGGGUUCUUCUGUCACUCUGUCACACUCAUCCCGGUCUUCGUCUCGCUCUUCAUCCUACACAGGUUCUGGGUCAUCUCGUUCCCGAAGCCGCUCCACCUCGUUGAGUUCCUACUCCAGCCACUCCUCCCAUCACAGCUCAUUCAGUGGGAGCCGCUCUAGGUCAAGAUCAUUCUCCUCGUCCCCCUCACCAGCUCCCGCUUUGCCGAGGAAUGCCAAGAAUAAAUCAGACCUUCCUCCAGUGCUUGCUAAAGGCAUGCCAUUGAAGCAGGGUGCUGGGCCCAUUCCACGUAGGGAUAAACUGCCCAUGAAAAAAGUUCAGACUCCACCACCACAGAGUGGCCCAGUGACCAAGCCUUUCAAACCCUUGCCUGAGGGAGGAAAGCCUCCCACUAAUCAUCGGGAGACUGGAGGAAUAGUUAUGGGGGCCGGUGGUGAUGUUAGUGUUGGUGGUGGUGGUGGAGGUGGUGGUGUAAUAGUUAGACAACUACCUUCCCGGGAACCUGGGAAGCCUCACAGCCAGAGGGAAGGAAGGCAGAAAGAACGGGAGCAGCAUCCUCCUCGAAGGCGGACUGUAAGUGGGAGUGUUAGUGGAAGUGGCAGCAGUUACUCUGGCUCCAGCUCAAGGUCCAGAUCCUCUUCAAACUCCCUGUCACAAUCACAUUCUGGAUCCAGAAAAUCCAAGUCUCUGAGUGUGAGCAGUGUGUCCUCAGUAUCAUCGGGUUCAUCAAGCAGCAGUUCCAUGAGGAGUGCAGAUUCUGAUGACAUGUAUGCUGACCUGGCAAGCCCCGUCUCCUCGGCCAGCACUCGCUCACCUACGCCAGGGCACCCCCGGAAAGAGCGGGCAGUCCCACCUCGGGACCGACCUCCACAGAACAAGGACAAGAACAGGGAGAGGCUGGUGAAGAAAGAUGAAACCUUAAGAGAGGAUCGCAGGAAGAUGAACCCAUCUGCUGGCCCACCCAGAGGAGGUAACCCCAUGCCCAGACCAGUCCCUGGAAGCAGAGGGGGACACUCUGUACACCACCCUAUUGGAAAUAUGCCCCCGCCAGCAAACUAUGGGGGUUCCAGUUCCCAUAAAGACAUCAAACUCACCCUUCUCAACAAGCAGGGUGAUAAGGGCAAUAGAAAGCGGUACCUCCCCACUGACAAAGACCGACCUGCUUCCCCCCUCAGCAAGAGAAUGGCCAUGUCUCCUGAAAGAGUUCGUGAUAGGAGGAUUCCUGGCCGACCCAUCCUCUCCCCUCGAAUAGAUCGACCCAGAGGCCAAGGACUCCGGCCAAUACCCCCCCUGGGAGACAGAAAGCGUCCUCUGUCUCCACCUCCAAAAUCAUCUGGAAAAGGGCCUGGUGUCCAGUCUGGAAAGUUUGCUGCUCCUGCACCUGGUCCAGCUGCUGCAUCCAGUAAACCCAGCAACACACUGUCUCGUCGUGAGGAGCUGCUCAAACAACUGAAAGCCGUUGAAGAUGCCAUUGCUCGUAAAAGAGCAAAGAUCCCUGGCAAAUAAGCAAGAUUGCAAUCUCCACUCUUAUUUCCUGGCCGUCAGUCCACAUGACUGAACAGCACGGAGAGCCCAGGCAGCUCGGAGAUCGGAUGAAUUCCGCUUUACUCUUCGGCCUCCAGUGGACGUGUACAAAUGCUGUAUGGUUCUUGUGUACAUUGUGUAAGUGAACAAGUGGCCUCCACAACAGGUUUGUUUUAGAGCAUCUUUCACGUUCCAUAUGCCCUCUUUCUGCUUGUAGUUGAGAAACAGGAGAGAACACAGGCAUGCUGGGAUAGUCUACCAAUUAAAGGUGUCACUCUGAUCUUUGAGUGGAAAAAAAACUAUUUGUGGGCCUGAUGACUAGCAGAAUUCUACAUAAUCUGCUCUCGCCGUUGUCUGGCCCCUUUGGUUUGUCAGACCUUUUUUUUCUGUUUUCUAUUUGAAGUGUAGGUUCAGUCGAGAAGGGCGCUGAGUCUACAAGGCUUUCCAAUUCUUUGUUUAAAUAAAUAAAUACAAUUUGUUGCAAGUCUCUGCCGUUCCUUUGAAAGUGACGACGCUCCUCACUGGCCCACCUUGAACCAAAGGCAUGUCUGGUGUUCGGUUUUUACAUGCUGUCGCACCUUGUACCAUAACACCAAGUCAUCAGGGGCUUAAGAAAAUUAUACACAGCAGUGGUGUUAUGUUUUUUUAAUUAAAAAUAAUAUUUUCUUCAUAGCUCUUCUCAAAAGAUGUAAACCAAUGUUUUGUGUCAUAUUUGUAGUUGAUGGAAAGAGGUUGCAAAUGGGACAUAAGAGACAAGGUAUGUCUUGCUUUUGUGACAAAAGCCUAAAUAAACUAUUUUGAUAAAGAG